AUGCCGGACCCAUCCUGCAUGGAGCUCGUGGUUUGGCGGGCUGUUCUCAACUUGGUCAUGACGGUGCCCCAUGCCCAUUCCCCAGUAACCGUCGACCUACUGUGGCUGCGUGAAUCCGUUCGGAUUCGACCCCGUCAGACAAUUGCUUCGAAAUGCGUGGUAUCCGGCCACGACAACAAACCCUGCGACCUGUGCAACCUUCAACGUUUUGGAGACAUUUCGCUUCCUGCGCUCCAUCGCAAAACAUCAAUGUCCAAGACUAUGUCCCAGAUCGUCGUUGCUUUCGGUCGAAUGGCUCGACAAUACAGCUAUCUUAAAAUGAUGAAGCGUGGAGGUCGCGGGCAUGAAGCCAAUGGAAUUGUAACUACGCCGCCAGGGGCGUUGGCUGUGCGUUGCUGGGCAUGCCCAGAUGCUUCUCGUAACUUGCCUUCCGGAUGGGACAAGGUUCCGGAGUCGAAGGCGUACUUGUUGGGUGUUGGAAAGACGGAUGGGGAAAGCACCGAGCGUUUGUGGAGCCUACUCAAUCUCGCAAGUUGGUCGACAAAGGAAAUGGGAGAAGGCGCCCGUCAUGAUGUCCUGGAGGACAAGAUCGACCUGAUUAAUUUUGAGAAAAACAGGAGCAUGGGGCGGACACUUGCAAGACGUUUGAUUGUCGCUGUAGCAGAGCGUCAAAGGCAGGGCAUUGAAUUCCAGGAGCUGGACGACAGCGUUCCUAAAAAAAAACGACGUGAAUGGGCCAAGAUGAUGGAUGCCUGGUAUAAGGAUAACACCCAGACGAAUCCAUUUGAAGUCCAGGGUGGGAAGCUCGCUGGGCCUAGUGAACGCGAAAUAAGUGAAGAGUUGAAAUGA